AUGCUCAAUCUCUACACCGAGACCGCUUUCGAGGUGACGCCUGCGACACAAGCUUCAAUCGUCAGUCUCCAAAUCCCGAGAAAGAACGGCUCCUACAACAAGUCGAAGUUCUCGGUGAAUCGCUCCUCCCACGCCGAUGCCUCAACAAAGGAUGAAAAGUCCUUUUCCGCUCAUGUUCUCGCAUCCCAAAGUUCGAUUUACUUUCGACAAUCAAAGUCCUACCCAAGAACGUUUCAUUGGAAGGUGGUAAACAGCGGGAAGACCCUGGAGAUCCAAUGCGCCGAUCUAGCUCGCAGUGAGAAUGAUUUGAAAGAGGCAUAUUACACCCUUAGAUUUGAGCUACAAGACCCGAUCAUUCCUCGAGGUGUUGCAUUUGCCGAUCUUGAGACUGGCGAUGACCUUCACGUUGUUGUAUGCACGAACAAAAACGAAUUAUUUCACCUCCAACUUCCGACCAGCGCCUUCCGCGAUGCCGAUGUCCUUCGGAAUGAGAACCUGGGCAACUGGUGCAGGCCCCUCGACAGUUCGUCCCUAGAUAUCAACGCUGUUCACCAUGUCUGGGCUAGCAGCCCCCUCGAGUUGUUUUUGUCUUUUACAAGCGGCAAGAUCCAGCGAUCCACUCGACGCUCAGUAGACGGACAUUGGAAACAUGACAUUUACGAUGACAAGACUUGGGGUGCCUCGAUACGAGGCAUGGUCAGCCGCCGCGGCCUGCAAACUAUCGAACACGGUGCGGCAUCCCUGGAUGCGAGGACGGCUCAGGCUAUGGUCACUUCGCCAGAUAGCAAGUUUCUGUUCACCGUGUGCUUAAAUCACAGUCUGAGAGUCUGGAAUCUGUUGGACGGAAAGAUUGUUGCAACGAAAGAUCUUCUCGAUGCUGUUCGGGACCCGAACGAUCGCACUCACCUCAACCCUGCCGAGGACGCAUUCAUUCAGAUCUUCAAGCUGCCCCUUCAGAGGAACCCUGUUCUAUUGACCUACACCCCUCAAGAUGGGGGACAGUUCAAGUUCUGGGAUCUCAAGGGUGGUGCUACCGAGAACCUCGUUGUGGAAGACCGAUACCCCAAUCAGCGUUUGAGUGCUCCUGACCCAGAUCCUUCAGGAAACACCAUUUGGUCGAUGGUCGGCUUCAAACUUGACCCCAUCUCGGACUUCCAACCCGCCCGACUGUGGGUUCUAUGGCGAAAUCACAACUACCAUCAACUCUACCGCUGCACUUUUGACUUUGGAAAUCUUGCGAGUUCGUGGAAAGCCAACUGGGUCAAAUGUGCUGCGACGUCCUCCUCAAAAAAUGUGCCGCCCGACUUGGUCCGAGGUGAUCCAGAAGAUCCUGCUUCAAAAUGGCUGGAUUUCUUUUUCUACCCUGGACGAUACACGGACAUGGUCCUCGAAACUUCUCUGUCUGUGUUUGAGGAGGCUACGACGGUCAAAUUGACAGCUUCUCAAAAGGCGGGCACGAUAAGACAACGAAUGUGCAAUAUCGUAGCAGCAACGGUGGCUCUUCGGAAGUAUGGAGAUUCCGACCUCGACUUUGAUCGUUUCAUUACCGAUACAGAUGCUCAAUGGCGGAACUUGUACCGUAUUGCUGAAAACAUUAACGAGAGUCGAAAUGCUCCGUUAGCAUUGGCGUACGAUACGUUCUGCGACAUGGUGUGGGUUCCAAUGGCAGGAAAAUGCUGUGCCAUAAGGGAAUGCAGUAUCGUUGAAUUGUUGCAGCAGAACGCAAUCGAGGAUAUUCCCAAUCUGGAGGAUGUGGCUGCUCAAGCGUGGACUCAUCGUAAGGUCAGCGCGGAAGAUGGCGAGCCGUUCCAGAACCUUGCAAUCUUGAUGGCCGCAGCCAAAACCUUCCGGGAGAGCUUCGCCGCCGAUCUAGACUGCGACCUGGCAGCCGCUAUCGAGGAAGACAUGUCUGUCGGGGAGGAAUAUGUUACGCCCACUAGGAUAUUUGAGAUCUAUGACAACAUAGGUUUCAGCGAGGCUAUCUCUAAUGAAGUGUUCGAACAACUCGAAGCCAACCUUCAAGCGAUUGGAGGUCUGUCGUCGUUGAACAAUGAACUAUUCCUGGGUGUUCUGGAACUCUUGGCUACGAAGACCAAGAGAGCAAAGACAGCUUUGAGGAACACAAUAUUUGGAAGCAAUUUGUUUUCAGCAGGCAUCCGCGAUUACAUCUCGUCUCAGCGUCAAUUACUGACGGAUCUCCUCGCCUUGGCCAUUUUUGUUGAAGGAGAGCUAAACCAGGAGGAGGUCAAGAUGACUUCAUUUGAUGCUUCGGAGCUGUUCCACCACAUUUCCCCCUUACUCAAACUGUGUGAACGGAACUUAUGGCUGGCAACCCGUUUUCGAUACGUCCCCCUAGAAGUUCUCGGCACUGAUGGGUUACCUAAUUCUGCCCGUCGACCGUCUACGUCCAGUCAAGAAGACCAAAGACUCGUCAGCAUAUUUGAGGAUACUCUGGGCAAGGCAGUCAGGCCACAGCCGGCCGUUGACAAGCCCCAGCUCUACUUGGUUACUGAUCAGUUGAUUGAGAUCGAUGACUGGGCGUCAGGAAAAGACACCAUCGAAAGUGAUGAUGGUGUAGUGUACCUGUUGUGCGAUCUUCUAAAGCAGGGCGAAAUCGAUAUAGCCACAGACUUCAUGAAGUUUCAACCCUCCACGCCUUGGGCGACUUAUGUCAAGGGAAGACUGGCGUUGGCUAAAGGCGAGCUUCAAAUGGCGGCAAUCUGCUUCAAAAAAGCGUCAUACGGACUUGCAUGUGGCAAAGCGGUUGGACAUCUUGUGGCCAUGUCUGCCGGACUGUUGUCGAUCAUCGAAGCAGAAUGUUUCAACAAUGGAAUGCCGCUCUAUCUACAGCACAUCUCCAAUUUGUUCGAGGCUGCGCACGUGUAUGAUGCAUCUGCCAAAUUUGCGCAUCUAGCUCUACAAGCCUUACAGCCUGACCAAAAGGAACCUGUGGCCAACUUCAAGACGGAAGUACUCUCUCGACUAUUCAAUGCAGAACUCAAGUCAUUCCGAAUUCAACGUGCAUAUGACGCACUGGCACAAUUCACAGACCAAGCACUGCAGAGAUCCUCUGUAGCCUUACUUGUUAACGCCAUCUUGAACCCACGUUCCUCCAUCUAUAGUGGCCAAAGUGCAGUCGAGACGAUACAAUCGCUUCCAUGGAACAUGUAUCCGAGUUUAGCGCGUCAUGUCGACCAACACUUGACGGGCCUCGCGAAGAAGCAGACUUCAGCUGGGACUGGUUGGUCUACCACCGUUGGGGGCUUUGACUAUCUUGGAAUUCUAUAUGCAAUACGCGUGGCUCAGAAAAACUAUCGCGGUGCCGUGGCUGUUCUCUACGAUCGCCUCAAGUUGGUACGUCGAUCUGGCAAAUUGAGACACGAUCCCCAGGCGACCGUGUUGAGGCACGUACUACUGUCUCUUAUCAACAUGAUGGCCUGUGUGGCUCCCGAAGAAGCGUAUAUCCUGGCGGAUGUGGAACCUGAAAGCAGAGACCGACUUGCUCCGAAGCAAAACAAAGAGAUCACAGAGACCAGCAAGAAGAGACGGCGCGUCAUUGUCACGUUGGAGGAUCUACGAAAGGAAUAUCAACAGAUUCUGGAUAGGUGCAGCAGAAUCGAGCGUGGAGAUUUUGAUUUCGAGGUUGACGGUGAGACCGACGAUGAUGAGGAGGUGCUUGCCGACCAUUCACGGCUCAAUCUUUCUUCCCACGCAGGGGACGCCAUGGAAUUUUGA